UUGGGGAAGUUUCUUAAUUUUUACCUGGUGCUAGGGGAAUUCGUAUAAUAAAUAGAUUUGCAAUUGAAGCAGUGACUUUGCUCACAGACAUUUAAUAAAAUUUUAAUCUAUUUUCAUAAUCUUUGUCUUAAGUAAUAAUCAUUUAAUAGAAAAAAAUAUAUAUAUUUGCAAACCUUGCAAAAACUUUUGUUUUCACAACAUUUUAACAAAAUAAAGUCUUACGGUGCAAGUCUAAGUUUCAAAUAACAAUUUGUUGCUCAAUAAAGUUACGAAGAUAUCUGAAAAAAUGAACGAUGGUAUCUCUCAAUCAUUCAAAGUGGAAUGGUUAAAUACAACAUUAAAAUUUAUAAAGAAUGAUAACCAGAUGAUUAUGGAAUUCCCCGAAAUGCCUGCAUCUCAUGUAGAAUAUCUGCACAAUUUAAUUUGGCAACGUAAAAAUGAUGUUGGUCUCGGGUUUAAGUCACUGUACGCACCGCUCUGGGAAGCUAUGAGGAUUUACAGCUUAAAGUACAGAUUUAAAGUAUCUGUUUUGAAAUCUACGGAUAAUACGGGGCAUUUAGUCAUUGAGAAAAUAAAGAAAACAGACCAAGGGGAGGAACGGGCAGAUAGUAACAAUGAAGAGUUAGUAACAGAUGCGGCGAAAGUCUCACAACCCAGAACUGACAAACAAAUAAAAAAAAAGAAGGAAACUAAAAGUGAGAAAUAUUUGAAAGAAAAAAGUAAAAUCAUUGAAUCCAUAUCUCCGCCGUUUCUCCGAACAGCUUUACAAAGAAUCCUUGAUUUUAUCAAAGAUGAAAAAGAAGCCAGUCUCUUAUUUACCGACUUAGCACCAAUAGAAGCUAAGUUUCUGGAGAAUUUCCUCGGUAUAUAUAACAGAAGGUAUAUGUUUGAGACAAUGAUGUCGCCAGCUUGCAAUAACAUUUUUAAUGAGAUGUGGAAAUGUUUUAACCAAUUUGAUAAAACUUGUAAAUUGGAAGUGGAUGCGUCCAAAACCAAUAUGAAGACGAAAAAGAGGGAGGUGUCAUUUUUGAAAGUACCAAGAUAUGUUAGACCUACUAUGACAAGAGCAAUGUUGAAAAAGGAACAAAAACAAGCUGAAGUUGAAAGUUCUUUAACGGCUGAUAAAAAUGAUGUGAACCCAAGAAGCAAAUUCUUAAAGGCAUUAUCUGUUAAUAAGGACUUACGUAAUGAAAUAAAUGCACCACCACCUAACAUUCAAGUUCGAAGUAAUGUUAGAACAGUAAGCAAUGCCUUAGAGAUCAAAGCGCAAAACGACGAUUCCAAAAAUUCAUCAAUCACAGAUAAUCAAAACAUGCUCAAUACCAUAAACAAAUGUGUAAUAGACAAGAAAACAACAGAAGUUAACGGGAAUAAUUGUACUAAGAUAUGUGAUACAAGGAAUUGUAGUUCUCAGAUAGACAUCAAAACAGAUAAUAAAAAAAAUCUCGCAACCAUAAACAAUCCAAUCAUUGACAAUAUACAUAGGACUGAAAGUAAUCUUGUGUGUAAAGAAGAAUAUAAAGAAUGUUAUAAGAGGGAAUUAAAAGAUGACCAAGAAGAAGAUACUACCAGCACUUCUGUUACGUACUACGUACUUCAAUCAGAAGAAAAAUCCAGUAUUGAGAUUAAAACUUCAAAUAAAGAUCGCUACAAAAGUAGUAGUCGAGAAAAAAAUGUUACAAGUGACUCAAUUGUUGGCAACACUUCUUUGAACGACAAAAAUAAUUUACCGAAUUCAUGCAAAACUAGCGCAAAGGAAAGUAUAGCUUCGAAGUUCCUAAAGGAUCCGAGUCAGAUGAAAUUACCACCAAAAAAAUCCAUAACAUUCGAGAAGUCGACAGAGUUAGACACCACUAGUGCAAUCGGUGUACAGGAUAUAAACAGCUACAUAGAGAAGAGAGCCAAGGAGAGAAAGAAGGAGAGUUGUUCAAGGAAGAACAAACUAAUGGAAGCGAUGUCGAUACCUUUGGAAAGCGAUAAAGGGUUAAGGAUGAUGCAAUUAAUGGGCUGGGAGGGCGGAGCGCUAGGGCUCCGUGGCGAGGGUAUCACCGAACCAAUCAUACCGAUGCUUUAUCUCGCACCAGGGGCAGGCUUAGGGCAUGCAACGGAAAAAUCUUUAAUAAAACAAGCAAAAGUCGACUUCCGUAUAUAUAUAUUCGAAAAGAUUCUAAACCUACUCGACAAGGAUAUUUCUGACGUUGGAAUUAAUUUCAAAAACGAAAUAUCUAAGAAAGAAAAGAGGUUCCUGAAGACGACCUUGCUGAGUUUCAAUAAAAGGAAGAAGAUAUCACUAUCGAAUGGCGUUGAAAAUAAUUUGGGACAGAAGAUUUUAGACAAAAUGAUCAUCGAUUCUAAUAUGUAUAUCGAUAUGACGAUUUCCUCAAACAACAGAGAAAUACUAAUAAAGAAAAUAUUCCCUGAUGAUAAUGAAAAUCAAUCGAAACCUUCUAACAAAAAGAACAUCAAAGCAGUGUCGAAAAACGCUCCGACAGAUGCAAAUAAUAUAAAUUCUAAUGUACUGAAACUACCAGGGAAGAAGAGAGAUUUUAAAAUAUUAAUCCUAAGCAAGAUCCUAGAACUAGUGAAAAGCGAGGAUGAGUACGUUGAGAUCAAUUUCGACAGUGCUCUGCUGUCAAAGUACUGCGAUUGUCUGGAGAAAACCUGUUCGAAUAUAAAUGAAAGGCGAAAAUUUUACGGUAAAUGCGUUAAGGUUAUUGCAGAAGAAGUUAAUGAUAAUAUCGGAGAUACGUGUUUAAAAGUGGAGUACGGCACUAAUAUGAUGUCCUUGACUCUCAGAAAGAAGAUUUACGAAAAUAGUUUUAUAAACAGCGCGACGAACGCUUUAGCUACUGUCAGAAAUAACUCCGAGGAAAUUAAUGAUAAUGCAACAAUAUGCACAAAGACAGAUGUGAAAAACGAUACAAAUUUAUCUAAAAAUUUUAAGGAUAACGAAAUAUUAGUAAAAAAUAAGAAUUUAGACGUUAAUGAUGAACUUGACAAAGAUACGCAUGAAGUUUUACAUAAGAAGAGUAACCAAAGCUUUAAACUUGAUGUUCACGAAUAUUACGAUGUUAUAAAUCAAAAUAGUUUAAAUAUCGAAUCCCGUGAUAAUACUCAUGACGGAAAUAAAAUAGACAAGUCUGUGGCAAACGACUGUGAUAACGAUAUUGCUAAAAGAAAAACAGAAAAUAUAGACAAUAAAGAAUUAAAAAUACAUACACUCCAGAGUAAUGAUGCAAAUAAUAAUAGAAACGACUUAGUUACUUUAAGAAAACUAUUACAAAUUAAAACUGAUCUGAGUAAUAAGAAAAAAUCAACAGAGAAUAAUAGUGAAAAAUCAGUUGAACUUAAUACUUUACAUAGUGUAUAUAACACGGAUAAUAUUCAUUCUAAAGAAACGAAACCAUCCAAAGAGAUCUUAAGCAAAGAGUUUGAAAUUAAUACUGAUAAAUUAAAAGAAAAUAUUAGCGAUGAAAUAAAUACUUCAAGAGAAUUUUCAAAGAAAACUUUAAAUAAACAAAAAGUAUCAACAUUUAUUAAUUCAUAUAAUAAAGUACAAAAAACCGUAAUAAUAGCAAAAACAAGUGAUAUGCGUUGUACACUCUUUUUAAAAGUGAUUCAAAACUUAUUAGCGAAUAAUAUAAGUGAAAAUUUUCUACCACAAUUAAAGUGCCAUGGUAUUGAUAAACGUGGUGUUAUAUACAGUUGUUAUAAUGAAGAUACUUAUUACUGGUUAAAAGAGGUUUUAAGCGAUUAUAAAAUCAUAGACUAUAAUGGGACCAUAGACAUUAAGUUUACAGUACAAAUUAAAAUAAACACAAUGUUCGAAGUCAAAAGAGUUCUAAUAUUAUUAGAACUGUGUAAUGUUGGACUGUGUUGUGAUAAUUGGAUGAUUUUGGAAGAGAAAUAUAGUGACUUUUCGGUCUUUAUUGUUGAUAUGGAUCGCGAUUCAUUUAAUUAUGUUUGUGAUAAUAAUUUUAAGUUAUCAAUCGGUGUUGAUGAAGCGCUAUUUAGUAUAUAUUGUUAUUUGUAAGCAAAGUACAAAUAUUUUUUAAUUAUUCUCUUGGAAUAAUAAUUUAUUCCAAUUCAACUAUAUUUGGAAUAAUGAUAAUUGUUUUGAUAUCUAUUGGAUCCAUGACAAAUUAUUAGAAUAAUCGUUUCUAAUAAUAAAUAAGCGUAAAAUAUAAUUCAUAAUACAUUGUUGUAUCAAAAACAAAUAAACUAUUAGUUAGAUUUUAAGUAUAAACCAACCCAAGCCAUGCCUUCAAAUAUUCUACAGGGAACGUCGGUAACAACAUUAAUAAGCAUAAUACAGAUAAAGUAAGUACUUAAGCAUUUUAUGUUUUUUCUUUUGUUUUUUUUUCUUAAAUUUUUAGAUUAAACUUACAACUUUGUAAUGUGUAAGUUGCAAAGUUUUCUCCGAUAACUUUUGAAGUAAGAUAUGAACCACCCCUAUUUCAAUAAAAGGGACUUUUAUAAUUCCAUUUUUUUGUAUAGCCUAAAUAUAAACGAUAAAUUCUACAUAUUCGAUAAGAUAUGCUAAUAGCUCUGAUAUAUUAUACACCGCAAUAGUUCUUGGUAAAUAACUGUUGUGGUGUUGAAUUUUUGUAAUACAAAACUAUUUCAAUUAACUACUGAUAUGGUCUAUUAUUUUACCUUUAAAGUUACAGCAAAUUUGCCGAUUUUUAAAACGACUAUUUUUCACGAAUUUGUAACGAGUAUAGUAUAGUGCUAAGUAAUAGAAAAAUUUGCUGAAGAAGAACAUUAUACUAAAACGUUCUUAUUUCUGCUUUUCUUAUUGCUGCUGUCGGCUUGAUUAACCCGUGGUGAUCAAACUUGCUUACGUCAUCUUGAUAAGUUUAAUUUAGAUUAACAGUUUAAAAUAAUUCAAAAGUAAAACGUACAUUCUCCUCUAAGGGUACUCCCGAAC